CUGAGUGACGUGAUCUAAAGCUCCGUUUGGUUUCCGUCGCUCUUCUCUUGGGUUUUUCGGGGGAAGAUGGUGUUUUGUUUUUUUUCCGGCGAAGAAGGAAGUUGAAAACCAGCCGUGCUCCGGAAAACACACAUUUAUGAGUGCCAAUGCAGAACUAGUGAAUGAAAACAAAGCCAUGACGAUCAAUACAAGCACAGGACCAAUAGAAACUUCUAUCAAGCAUUUUCCUUUUAAAGCUCCAAGAUUUAUUCACUCUGGCACUGGUGGAGCAGCAGCUGGCAAGAAGAACAGAACAUGGAAGAAUCUGAAACAAAUCCUUUCUUCAGAAAGAACACUGCCAUGGCAAUUAAAUGAUCCAAACUACUUCAGUAUUGAUGCUCUUACUUCAUUUAAACCAGUCAAAAAAUAUUCUGAUAUUUCAGGACUUCCUGCAAACUAUACUGAUCCUCAAAGCAAACUGAGAUUUAGUACAACUGAGGAAUUUGCCUAUAUCCGAAUGCUUCCUUCAGAUGUUAUUUUGGGUUACCUUACACUAAGGAAAGCAACAAAUGUUGUUACUUGAGAAACAAAACCAAAGCCAUCAUCAUCUUCUUUAAAAAUGUAGGAUGUAUUCUAUAUAAAGUACAGAACGUAUAUUAUCGAAUUAUAAAUGUUAUCAAUUCAAUUAAAAUAUGUAUUAUUAUUGAUUCAGUGUUG